CCUGCGGACAAGUUAGGGUUUGGAGUUUGUUCGAAAGAGCUGACACCUCGCAGUUCAACCGCAACCGAAGCCCGUAGCAUACUUCACGUCGGUUCUUUUUCAUCAACAAUGGCGGAACAGACUGAGAAGGCAUUUCUUAAGCAACCAAAGGUAUUCUUAUGCUCAAAGAAGUCUGCUAAGGGAAAUAGGCCUGGCAAGGGAGGUAACCGCUUUUGGAAGAAUAUUGGUCUUGGAUUUAAGACUCCAAGGGAGGCUAUUGAAGGGACCUAUAUUGACAAGAAGUGCCCAUUCACUGGUACUGUCUCUAUUAGAGGUCGUAUCUUAGCAGGCACGUGCUACAGCGCAAAGAUGAAUAGAACCAUUAUUGUGCGGCGUGACUACCUUCACUAUGUGAAGAAGUAUCAAAGAUAUGAGAAGAGGCAUUCCAACAUUCCUGCACAUAUCUCGCCAUGCUUUCGCGUGAAGGAAGGCGAUCAUGUCAUCAUUGGACAAUGCAGGCCAUUGGCAAAGACUGUCAGAUUCAAUGUGUUGAAAGCUAUUCCAGCUGGGUCUACUGGUGGUUCCAAGGGAAAGAAAGCUUUUGCUGCGCUUUGAGGUUUUCUAGAGUUCACCAAAGAUAACUGGUAGAUUGUAGCGUAUGCCAGUUUUGAGUUUAUUACAAAGCUUUAAAGCUAUGAGAAAAAUUUCAGCCUUCCAAUAGUUUUUAUCAUUCAUGGUUACAUAAUUUUCUUAGUGAUAUUUUUUUGGAAUUCUGAUUAUCUAAUUGAGCUUGAAGCCUUAACAAAAUUUCCUUCAAUUUGGCACUUCUAAAUAUUAUAUAGUUCUAUGUAGUUAUCUUCUUUGUUGCAAAAAAGCUUGCAUGUUCAAGCAGC